UUUGAUCCUAGUAUUGCUCUACAUCUACAGUCGUGUACAGUCGUGCUGCCGAUGACAGUUUUUGUUGUUGUUGAGCUAGACCUUCUAGAAGAGCUAGUCAAAUUUAUUCUAUCUUUGUUUUCACAUUCUUGACCCUCAAUAUUUAGUUUCUGUGUAGAAGUUCUUUCGCGUUCCGUGAAUCAACUAUUGCAACGUACAACUUUCACUGACACCAGUUCUUGUAUCCCCCAAAUACUCCAUUGUCUGUGCUUUUUACCUAGUUCUUCUAGCAAAAAAAAUGGAUCAGCAAUCCCAAGUCGCGCAGAUGCAGAAUCAGCUGAACCUGGCUGUAGUGCAGAUGCUUCAACAGCAGAUACAGAAGACUUGCUUCGUUAUGGUUUUAUAGAUAGUUUCCAACUUGUAGAAGUAAGUACUGCAGCCUCCUCAUCAUGGUCUCUGAGUCUACCUACUUGUUCGAUGUGCAGCUAACACCCCCUCCAAGGAUGAAUAUGAUCGCAGAAGUAUUAGUAUCUAUUGUAUGUUGUCCCUUGUUGAUAGAAUGACACAGGAAAAGACCGAGGUCGAUGUCGUCAUCGUCUUUCCUAGAGUUUUCCCCGCCGCAUAGAGUCCCCCUUCUCAAAUGAGACGAGGAAAACUCUAGAAAAAAAAAUUAAAACAUUAAUCCCCUUCAGUAGGAAAGACUCGUUCCCUCAGACACGUUCCCCUUCCGACAAGUUCCCCGUCCUCCUACUUUCUCUAAUUCCUGGAGUCAUCUUUCCUAGAGUUCCUGGAGAGUUCCCGGAGUCAUCUUUCCCCCUUCAUUCUCUAAUUCCUAGAGUCAUUGAGUCCCCCGUCUUUCCUCCUAGAGUUUUCCCCUUCUCUAAUUCCGACAAGUGCUUCACAAGUAACGGGUAUCCGGACUCGUUGCAGAAGAGCGACCAAAUAUGUCUCGCGAAGUGCAUGGAUCGGAUGAUAGAAGCUCAUAGCAUAGUGGUACUACUUUUUUCUUGGAGGAUUGAUACAAGAACAUGCAAAAAGGUUUAUCUUGAUUUCGUGUCUGUUACAAGAACCAACUCUUCGCUUUGAUUCAUUUUUUCCAAUUUCAUAGGUACUAUUCGUACUAGUAGUAUUUUAUUUUGGAUUGAAAAUUAUGUUUAUGAGAUGCAAAAAGGUUUAUCUUGAUUUCGUGUCUGUUAACGUCGACGGUCGUCCAUAAUCUUCUUCGCCAUCAGGUAAAAGCAUCAACCGAAAUGGCUCAAAACUUGCAGAGUCAGUGAUCGCGCACUCCAGUAACGCGGAAUGACGUUCUUUUCCAUUUUCCAUUGAUCGCAAGAUGAUGAUGAGAUCUAGAAGAAGUCGAGACGGGUUGUUCUGCGAUGACCCUCGUGGGCUUCCUUCCACCUGAAGAAAAUGUGCUCGCUCUUCUACAAAAAUGAGGACAGCAGAUGUACAUUUGAUAAACAAAGCAUGGGAGGUCAUCUUACGUCGCAGCUUGUUCAUCCUUCGGAAAUCCCGCGAAAAAAUGAUGCUCUUGGGUCGUAAGAAAGGCCUCAGCUCUUGGGUAAAAAUGAAUACUUUUCUUGUUGAACUGUUAUUGUUCAUGUUGUUCUUUGCGAAGAUACUGAUGGGGAUCGCGUUGUCUGAAUUUUCCGCGCACUGACUGAAUCUUAAUAUUAUCGCUGCAAGAACAAGCACUUCUGAGUCGUCUCGUCCAACUCUAUUCGCAGUCACGACGACUGUUGUCGCUGAAGAAAUGUG